GACGCUUGCAGAGGUGUGGAGCACCAGACUUGACCCACGGUCGAUCAUGGAGGGGAAUGACAUUCACCAGAGUCAUCCCAGAUUCAGAUACUGCAAGUGUGUUCGUACCUCAUAUUCACGCGCUUCAACGAUAGUCGUGAGAGCUAGCGCUUCGCCGUGUGUGAGACGUCCAAAUUCCUCCGAGGUGAUCCAAAAGCCGCCGUUGGGCCAUUGUGUGCUCUGUCAGAUCCUCUACACAGAGUCUCAAGCACUCGCCCGAAGACCCAUCCGUACCUUGCGCAGCCUCUCUCAGUCGCCUUUGGCCUGGUGGAUGCGCUCCACUCCACGCGGGGUCAAUCUCAACUCCGCACACCUUCCCCGCACUCGGGUCGAACGGCCUUAAGACAGGACGACCAUCUGACCCUCCUGCCCACCAGUGCGACCUCCGUCCUCCCUCACCUUCAGCAGCAUGACAAGCACGCCGUCCUCGCAUCCACAGAAGGCCGUUCACAGCCAGUCCUUGACUGAUCCUGAGUCCUUCUGGCUCAAGGCAGCCAACGAUGUCCACUGGCAUCGACAUCCCGAUCGUGCUUUCGGCCCUUCGCAGCGAACCAGGGAUACGGCCCGCCACGGGAGAGAAAGCGACGGGGUCUGGUUCCCUGGCGGGCAGAUCAGUACCACCUUCAAUUGUCUAGACAGGCAUGUCUACCCGCCUCCGACGCCUCACUCGCCGCCUCUGACUCCCUCUCCGCACACGCCUCAUCUGCCGUUUGACCCUUCUCUUGCUAAGCGGGUAGCCUUCCGGCACAUCUCUCCACUACCUUGGCAGACAGUGCAGGAGCGCACUAUCACUUAUGGCGAUGCGUUGGAAAACGUACAAGUCCUCGCCGGGGUCCUGAAGUCGAAAGGUGUGGGUAAAGGAGACGUCGUCACAGUCUACAUGUCUGAAUCGAUCGAGACCGCACUGGCCAUCCUGGCAAUUACUAGAAUCGGGGCCGUCUUUUCGGUCGUAUUUGGCGGCUUCGCCAGCAAGGAGCUGGCAAAGAGGAUCGAAGAUAGCAAGUGCAAGAUGAUCAUUACCUCGAGCUGUGGACUAGAGCCCAAAGGGCCUGUCCCCUACAAGCCCCUUGUAGACGAAGCACUCCGGAUCUGUGCUUCCCGCCAUGUUCCAGCCUCAGGUGUACUCUUUCAACGUCGUCAUGGCAUCCGAGACCACGAGCCUCCUGCUGUCGACAACAGCCGCAACGAGUGGGACUGGGACGAGGAGAUGACCUUGACAAGAAAGGGAGAGGGCGGUAGGUCUCCGUGUUGGGCUUCUCAUCCUGUCGCUAGUGAAGACCCGCUAUACCUUCUCUAUACCAGUGGCUCAACGGGCAACCCCAAGGGAGUCGUUCGAUCGGCCGGCGGCCAUGCUGUGUCUCUGCGGUACUACAUCGAGCACAUCUUCGGCAUGAAGAAGGACGAUUUGAUCCUGACGACGUCCAGCUUCGGCUGGGUCGUAGGCUGCUCCUAUAUUCUCUUUGGCCCACUGCUGCUUGGCGCCUCCAGCAUCAUCUUUGAAGGCAAGCCAAUCCUGCCCGACGCCGGUAUCCUCUGGCGAACAGUGUCGAACCACGGUGUCACUCACCUCUUUACCGCACCGACUGCCCUUCGAGCAGUGCGCGGCGCCGAUCCUGACGCCGCCUUCAUGAGAGCUGCAGGGGUGAAUCUGAAAAGUCUGCGCACACUCUUCCUGGCUGGCGAGAGGAGUGAGCCCGGGAUAGUGGAAUUGUACGGCAAGCUGCUGCGAGAGCUUGGUGCACCUGGAGCCAACGUCAAUGACAACUACUGGUCUACCGAGAGCGGCAAUCCCAUUACAGCUCUCCAGAUUAGUCCAGCUUUCGCCCCGCUUGUGGCGAAGCCUGGGUCGGCAGGAGUGCCACUGCCUGGUAUGGACGUCCGCAUUGUCGAUGAGGAGGGCAAGGAGAUCUCAAAAGCAGGGGAGAUGGGCAAUCUUGUCCUGGCUCCUCCGCUAGCUCCCUCGGCUCUGCUGGGUCUGUGGCACAAUCCUGCCGGCUUUGAGAAGAGCUACUGGGACCGCUUCUCGGGCAAGGGAGGCUGGUUCGACACGGGAGAUUCAGCUUACCGCGAUGCAGACGGCUACGUGACUAUCUGCGCUCGUGGUGACGACUUGAUCAACGUCGCCGCCCAUCGCUUAGGCACCGGUCUGAUCGAGGCUGUUGUCACUGCACAUCCGGACAUUGUCGAGUGCUGCGUCGUGGGGGCCCCGGAUCCAGCAAAAGGUCAGGUGCCCUUCGCUCUUGUAGUGGUAGCGCAAGAUCACAAGGCUGAUGUGAAGACGAUGAUGAAGUCGAUCAACGACCAUAUUCGCCAGGAAGUUGGGCCGAUUGCUCAGCUUGGCGCUGUCAUUGCGACUGGCAAGCUGCCGAAGACGAGGAGUGGGAAAACGUUGAGAAGGACAAUCAGAGCUAUGGUGGAGAAUGCUGCUGAGGGAAAGAAGGACCAAGAGGUGCCAUACCCACCUACCAUUGAAGACAAGGACGUCCUUGCGCCGAUCCAGGCCUCUAUCGAGGCUCACUUCGCAAGCGCAGGCGGCACAAAGGCGAAGUUGUGAUUCGAGUGUAUAUAGCCAGCCCUUGCUAAGUCAAUUGUGAUGCUGUAAAAGAC